CUCUCCUGACCUCUGAAGGCGGACAAAAGAACUAGCAUUUUAAAUUUGCCGGUUUUAACGGCUUGUAUUUUCAUGUAACGGCCAUAGGUCGUAACGGAUGUUGGAGUUUUCAUUUAUUUGUUAAAUCAGCUUUUUGAUAAAUGUUACUUCCUUGUGAAAGUACUAUAAUAAUUAUACUUUUGGCCUGUUAAUACUGUUCUUGACUUUGUGAUAUGUGAGAUUGUGUUUGUUUCAUCAAUAUUGCGAUUCGUGUAUCUGUUAUCAUGUUAAAUAGAAUGAACAAAGCUUCUACGCCGAACCCGAAAAUGAAUUUGAAGAGAUCAUUUUCCUCUGCUUUAGGCCCUGAUUCCAGUCACUUGCAAGUGAAAGUUUUUGUAAGAGUAAGACCUUUUAAUGACAGGGAGAAAACUUGUGCCUGCAGAAAAGUUGUGAAUGUUGUGGACAAAUCUUCACUUAUUUUCGAUCCUGAAGAGGAAGAUGAAUUAUUUUAUUUCAAAGGGGUUCCACAAAAAAGUCGAGAUAUCACACGUCGCCUUAAUAAAAAUCUUCACUUUGAAUUUGAUCAAGUAUUUGAUCAAGAAUCUACCAACCAAGAAGUUUUUGAAGCUUCUACAAAAAAUAUUAUAUCAUCUAUAUUUGAAGGAUACAACUGUUCAGUUUUUGCUUAUGGAGCUACUGGAGCUGGAAAAACCUUCACCAUGCUUGGAACUCCAGAACAUCCAGGGAUAGCUUACCUAACAAUAGUUGAGCUUUUGAAGUUUAUUGAUCAAGCUGCUGAUAUGAAAGUUACUCUUGGUGCAUCAUAUCUUGAGGUAUAUAAUGAAAACGUGAAGGAUUUAUUGUACCCCAGUUCUGCUGUUCUUCACUUACGUGAAGAUGCCACUGGUGGUCGUAUUACUGUAUCUGGCUUAAAAGUUAAACAAAUUGAUCAUGCUGAUGAAUUAUUUGCUUUACUGAGUGCUGGAAAUCGGAAUAGAUCACAGCAUCCUACAGAUAGCAAUGCAGAAUCGUCAAGAUCUCAUGCUGUCUUUCAAGUCCAUGCUAGAAUAGUAUCUAAUGGUCAAGUGAAAAUAUCAAAGCUAUCAAUGAUUGAUUUAGCUGGAUCAGAAAGAGGUGCCGCAACAGGAUGUAGAGGCAUUCGUUUUAAGGAAGGAUCGAAUAUAAAUAAAUCCCUUCUAGCUCUUGGUAACUGUAUUAAUGCUCUUGCUGAUGGGUUAAAGCAUGUUCCAUACCGAGAUUCUAAAUUGACCAGAAUAUUGAAAGAUUCUCUUGGAGGAAAUUGUCGAACUAUUAUGAUUGCUAAUGUGUCUCCUUCUUCCUCUUCAUUUGAGGAUACUUAUAACACGUUAAAGUAUGCAACUAGAACUAAAUGCAUUAAAGCAACAAUUUCCAAGAAUGUGAUGAAUGAAUCUUUGUCCAUUCCACAAUAUAAAAAGAUGGUUCAAGAAUUAAAUGCUAAACUAACUGAAAUUCAGGGAGGUUUAUCUUUUCCAGACAUAAGUAACUGGAAAAAUAAAAUAGAAUCACUUUUUGAAGAUAGAAGAAAACUUUAUAAAGAGAUAUUGCUAUUACAGAGUCAAGGAAAGCUUACUAAUUGGCGUAUCAGCCAAAAAGUUCAAGCCCUUUCACAUCAUGACCCCUCUUCCAAACUGCAGUGUCUAGAUCGAUUAACUACCAGUAUAAGUCAGUUAAAGGCUCGUUCUGAUAGUAUUUGUGGUCGUAUAGCAGAAUACAGGCCAUUACAAGAGCAAAAUGACAAACAGAUAGAGAAAUUAGAAGAGGAAAUAAAAAAAGAAGAAAAGAUCCGGCAUAUGUUACAGUUAAUUUUUGAUUAUCAGAAAGGAAUGGUUGAAUUAGAAGAACAUAAAAUUCGAUGCAACCACUUUGAAAAAAUUGUGAAGCUUAAAGCCAAACAUGAGGAGAAUUUGAAUUCCACUAUAAAAACAGUUUUGCCUAUUUUAAAUCAAUAUCAUGCACUGAUAAAGGGUAAUGGGCAAGAUAAUCCAGAAUUGACAGCGAAAUAUGAAGACGCAUUAAGAAGUCUAGAUGGAGUGAAAGGUGUCAGCUGGCUUGGUGAUGAAGAAGAAGAGGAAGAGGAUUCAGAAGAUUAUAUCCAGCUCAGAUUGAAUUCAAUCAAAGAAAACGAUGUUGAUUUGCAAAAUGGUGCUAAAUCAUUGACUACAACAUUUUUCUUAUCUCCAAUAUAUCAGUUAUCCAAGCCAAAGAAUAACAGGAUAGGAAAUGGAACACCUUCACCUGCUAAAAAACCAAAAUUCAUAUUGAAACCGACAAAUCCAAGAGUCAAUUUCAAUAUAAAGACUCCAGUUCCCUCUAACAAUAAGGAAAAUAUAAUAAGAAGGACACCAUUAAUAUCUACAGCUGUAAAACUAAAAACCCCAGCUGUUCCGAAUCGUUCAAAUAACAGGCCACACCCUUAUCGCAGGACUCCUUUAAAACAAAAUAUUAGUAAUGUUGCCAACAAAACUAUUGUCAAUAGAACUGCAGUCCCUGGGAAAGAAGUUUCCUCUGUUACGCGACAAAUGACAAGAAGAAUCUUAUAAUAUUUGGAAGUCCGUCGCCUAAAGUGUUAUUAAGGAGUACAUCUAAGCAAUGGACCAGAUCUUCAUGACAACAGCAGAAACAGUUAAUAAGAAUUCCUAUUACUAAAGGGGUGGUCCAAUUAUAUUUGAAGUGACAGGUCAUGUAGCACAUUAAAUAAGUUGUGCUAUUGACUAUUAUACUCUGAUGGACUCUCAAAUUUUGUAAUACCUUAAGAAACUCACCAUGUCACUCAAAAGUUGUCAUGUGUAUUUUAUUUAUUGUAUUGCUUUGUAAAUAAAGAACAUAAAAUAGAGAAUUCUUAUAAAUUAUUUUAAUAUGAUUGCAUGUAUUAUAUGUAGAUAUAUUUAUCCUUUUAAAUCUAUUAGUUAAAAUAAUAUUUUUUUUAUUUUUUCGCUUGUUAUGUAAAAAUUAUUCUGUAACUUUUGUUGUUUUUAUAUUUUACCUGCCCUACAUAUAAACAAUGCUCACUGUUUUAAAUGUCAAUACUAAGAAUAACAAUGUGAUUCUAACAGAUUUUUUUAUUUUAUAAAUAAUUUUAAUACCUUCAAUUCUUUUAAAAUGGACUGAUUUGUUGCAGAUAAACC